UGUUGAAGCGCAUGUGCAAUGGAUUGGUUUGCUGUUCAUAGUGAGAUAAAAACUACAUUAGGUUAACUAUAACUGAAUUGGUAAUAAAUUUAUCUUAAAUGACAACUUUAUUAAUCAGACAACUCCAUUAGUUAACGUUCAAUAUGGAAGGACCGGAUACGGUGGAAAAUACCUACACCAUCAGACCGAAUUAUCAACACAAGUUCAAGGCGGGGGUUGUGAAGGAGUGUAUUCGAGAGGUCCUGAGAGAAGAGCUCUCGGGCAAGCAAUACAAUCCCGAGGAGGUCACAACUAUGUCCCGUUCGCUAGCUGACUCCAUUAAAGAGAGAAUCAAAGAAGUGGGGUUUGACCGCUACAAGCUGGUUGUACAAGUGGUGAUUGGAGAGCAGCGAGGAGAAGGAGUUAAGAUGGCUGCCCGCUGCUUCUGGGAUGCAGACACUGACAGCUAUGCUCAGGAUAUCUUCAUGAAUGACAGCCUAUUCUGUGUGGCUGCUGCGUUUGGCUGUUUUUACUACUGAGCACGAAGGGGAGAGACACAGCUUAACACUCUGUCCUCUCAGAGGUUCUUGGACGAAGAGUGACAGGGUGUUACUUUGAACUGCACGCAUUACCCAUCUAGGAGGGUGUGUUACACUGACGCACCGGAUGUAAGAUAGAUUGUGUCUUUGUUCUGCACAGCCAAAUGUUUGUGGGAACAAAAUAACAAGGGAUAGGCAAAGCAGAAGCAGGGACAUGCUGCUUAGUUUGUUUUGACCUGAGCAGCCAGCUGCAGACACAGCCUUACACCAGUUGUGUUAUUCAUGAUGCUGUCAGGUCAACUCAGAAUAAAGUGCUAAAUAGAAUGAAAAAAGAAUUCUAAGCCUGACAACUCUGACAGGAGUGCAGAUGGCUCAUUUUGCUGGUUGAGGA